AUGGAGUCCCACGGAACGCAGUACCAGGACUCGUUGAUGCCUACGACUGAGAACGCACAACCCGAAACACCACCCAAGCUUUGUUCUCCAUCGCCCGCUGAGUCGGCAGCGCUCGCAAUGUCAAAACUUGCAUCCCCAGACCACAAGUUUACCUCCCCCGCACCCCGGACUACCUCUUCCAUGACCCCUCCACCCUCUUCUCAGAUCCCAAACAUGCGUGCAGUCAUGAGGACGCCUACUCCCCCGACUCCACAGCUCACGUCUCCCCCACCAACCAGCAAACUGCCCAAUCAGCCGUCUGCUUUGACAGACAUGGGUGCAGGUCUCUACCCGCAGGACCAAGUCAACAGUGCUUCUGCUGAGGAGCUGAGAACCAUGGUCAACACCAUCUCCAAUGCAUUACGUGACAUGCGACUGUCCGCAGCCCACUACAAGCUUCAGUACAACAUGGCUGUAAUGGAGAGUCAGGAGUCUGCCAGCCGCAUGGCUGUCGAGCUAGCCAUGGCUCAGAGAGAGCUUGACGUUCUGCAGCAAGCUGAAGAGAAGCGCCGCAACAACAUGGUCACCCCAGAGCAGACCUACCAAGAGUCCGCAAAUGCAGCCAAUGCAGUCCUGCUGUCAGAGAUGGGCCGUCAGAACCAGAUGCUGCAGAGUGAGAAUGAGGAGCUGCGCGACAUGCUUGAGCAGCAAAAACGUCUGACUGAGCACCGUGAGGGCGAGCUUGCUAGCCUCCUGGAUGAGAAUGACCGCCUGAAGACGCGAAUCCGCAAGAACCGCGACCACAUCGCACCUCUUCUUGAGCAGAUCGAACAGUCUUCACCGCGGUCGAAUUACGGCACACCUCAUCAGCCAACUCCCAGAAAUCGCGGCAGCCGUGUGCCGCCUGCUCUGUCCGAGGAAAGCAGAAGUCAGAACAACUUCGAAGCUCUUCUCCUAGCCGACAAGAUGCUGAGUCAGGAGGUCGCUACUGCGCCCACGACCCCCAUCAGGCAACACGCACCCAGAUCACGCUUCAGUCACCAGCGCGGCGCGCAGUCCAUGUCAUCGCUGCCACAGACCCCGAACCGCAGAGCUGCCUACCCUCAGGUACCCCGCACACCGCCACUUUUCGUGCCAACCAACAUCCCCCAAUCUGCACCACCAGCGCACUACCAAGCCAAGCCAUCCAACACCCGUCGCCAAAGCAGCAACUCCACCAUCACCGCCUCCAGCGUCGACGAAGAAGAAGCCUUCACCGACCGCGAGGAGGACGAAGUCCCCGAAUCCCAGGCCAGCCAAAUGGCACGCAACCUCCUGCAAAGAGCACCACCCACCAAAGGCAUGAUGUCCGCCCCACCAUCAGCCCAGCCAGCCAACCUCGUCCAAAGCAAAAUCUUCGGCCAAGUCAAGAAAGGCUCCGGUCUAACCCGUGCCGGCGAGCUAAAGCGCGGCCGCAUGCCCUCGACAGCGGAUCUCCGCACUCAGACAAGUCCGCCGAAGCGCGGACGCGUCGAUCAAGGUGUAGGUCUCGGCAUUGGCGGCUUGCUGCGAGAGUAG